AUGAAAAAACCGCCUGAGAACCGGCUCAACGUGAAGUUUACACAAGAGAUAGUGUGCACACUAAGAGACAUUGAGCGAGAGUUGGGCUCCGACUCGGAAGGCUGCGUCGUCACUCGAGGUAACGAUGAGAAGUUUUGGUGCACGGGGUUGGAGCUGGAUGAGUCUGACACCAAUCCGCACGCAAACAGUGAUGGCUUCUUCCCACUCCUUGCCACACUCCUCGACUAUCCAUUCCCUACGAUUGCGCUCCUAACCGGGCACACCUUCGGUGGCGCCUGUCCCUUUGCCCUAGCACACGACUACCGAAUCAUGAACUCUAACCGUGGCUUCUUCAGUAUGCCUCCCGUCGACCUUGGCCUCCACUUCCCCGGCAUCGGAUACCUCCCACGUUUGAAAUUGCGACCACAAGUCGCGCGAAAGAUGCUACUUGAGGCGCAUCGGUGGACGGGGAAAGAGGCACUGGAGGACGGUAUCGUAGACCAAAUCGCUGAUCCAAAAACGAUGCUGGACGUUGCGCUAAAGAAGGCAAGAGAGGUGCAAGGAAAGGCCAAGAUGGGCGUGUACAGCUUGCUGAGAAACGAGCUGUGGGGUGAAGCGGCGGAGAGGAUUAGGGGAAUAUGUUAUGUGCAUGGACGGCGGACUACGGCACCGGCCAAAGCAAAGAUAUGA